AUGUCGCAGGCUCUGUGAUUCAAGUCGCAUUUUUGAAAACAUUUUCCGUCUUCAUUGAUAAUUAUUAUAAUUUAUUAUAUAACAUUGACAAUCAAUGAUAUAAGAGUCGCAAGUGUUUGCUCAGGACGUGAAUAUGAAUCAGUCUUCACGCUUCAUUUAAUUUUAAGAGAGACAGAGCAUUGAGAUAGAAACUGACUGAUAUAGGCUGCGUCUUCGUUAUCUAAGCCCGUUACAAAACACACAUGCUCAAUGUGAUAGAUUGACUGUUGGUUUCAACUUGAAACCGCCGAGUUUACUGGCGGGGGACACAAGCAUCAUAUCCCACGAAAUUUUUCAUGUCAUCAGUUUGCAUCCUGAGGCACAAAUGAAUAUUCAACUUUUAUUCUUCUCUGACAUCAAGAUAACUGAUAACAAGUUGAGUUUGUCUCAUCAAACCAGCAACCGUGUCAGCUGGACUAAAGUGGCCACGUAGCAACUAUCUGGUGUAAGUCGACUAGAAUAAUGAUUUGCAUCAAUGUAAUAUUGAUAUUCUUCACAUUAUUGCGGAUAGCAGUAGCCAAAAAAAAUAAUUUUGCAUUUCCUGGAGAUUUAACAAUUGGCGUAUCUGGAGCGGCUUACCAGAUUGAAGGUGCUUGGAAUGCAAGUGACAAAGGAGAAAGCACGUGGGAUUCAUGGACUCAUAAAAAACGACAUUUAAUUUUUGAUCAACAAAAUGGAGAUAUAGCAUGUGAUUCUUAUCAUAAAUACAAAGAAGACAUCGCAAUUGCCAAAGAUAUUGGAUUUAAUCAUCAUCGACUAUCUUUAAGCUGGGCUAGAAUAUUGCCAACAGGUUUUUCAAACAAAAUUAGCAAAGAUGGAAUACAAUAUUACAAAAAUGUUAUUGAUGAAAUACGAAAACAAGGAAUGGAACCAUUUGUUACAAUCUACCACUGGGAUCACCCUGAAUAUUUUAAUAAUUACGGUGGAUGGCUUAAUGAGCUAAUGGUUGAUUUUUAUGUUGACUUUGCGAGAGUUGUUUUUCGAGAAUUAGGUUCAAGAGUCAAAUUUUGGACAACAAUUAAUGAACCCAAUAAUUAUUGCCAUAAUGCCUACGCUCAAGAAAGUUAUGCACCUGGAAUGCGAUUGAAAGAAAAAGGAGCAUACAUAUGUGGACAUAAUAUGUUAAAAGCACAUGCCAAAACUUAUCAUAUGUACAAUCAAUUAUUUCGGGCAGAGCAAGGUGGCAAAAUUGGUAUUGUCAUUCCUUGCAGGGGUAAUUUUCCUGCCAACUCAAAUGAUACUGAAUCUCCCAUGAUAGCAUUCCAAUAUGAUUGUGGAUGGAUGGCUAAUCCAAUAUUUUCCAAAGACGGAGAUUACCCAAAAGUCAUGAAAGAAAGAAUUUACGAAAAUAGUAUAUUAGAAGGCUUCUCAAGAUCUGAAUUGCCAUCUUUCUCUCUUGAAGAAAUUGCAACUAUCAGAGGAUCAUCUGAUUAUUUUGGGCUCAACUACUACACAUCUCGAGUAUGUGCAUCAAUGCCAAAAACAAAUGGAACAGGAUGGUAUCAGGAUUCUGGAGUUCAAGUGUCGGUUGACAGAGCUUGGAAAAAAGGAUUGCCCUCUUGGGCUUAUAUUGUUCCGGAGGGUUUAGGACUUGUUCUGAGAAAAAUUAAAGACGAAUACGAAAAUCCAGAGGUACAUAUUUUGGAAAAUGGAUAUGCAGAUGAAGGGACAGUUAAUGAUACUCAAAGAAUUGAAUUUUUAUACUCACAUAUGAAAGAAGUGAUUCUUGCUAAAAAUGAUGGAUGCAAUAUUAAAAGUUACUCAGUUUGGAGUUUAUUAGACAAUUUUGAAUGGGAUCGUGGAUAUGCAGAAAAGUAUGGAAUUGUACAUGUAGAUUUCAAUCAUGAAAAUCGUACUAGAACGCCAAAGCUUUCGGCAAAAUGGCUUAAGAAAAUCCUGAAAAACCGAAUACUUGAAUAUCAUGAUGUGCACAAUGAGACUUUGAAGAAAGCCAAUAACUAAAAAAAAUUAUAUUAUAGUAAAAACAAUCAUUUUCGAUAAGUAGUCAUUAUUCAUGAUAAUCAAUUUCAAUCUUACUGCGUAGUAAACUUCAAACUAUUGUAAUAAAUAGACUACAGUUAUGAAAAACUGUUAUAAAAACAAACAAAAACUUUUAUUUACAAAAAAAAACUGCUUAUAGAAAGGAGGCAAUAAUUUAGACACGAUUGUGUUUGUAACAAAGACAAAUAUAUUUUGAUUAGUUCAUUAAUAAAACUAUUAUACAAUAUGUAAUACUUAGGAAUAAAAUAAAAAUAAUGAAAAAUCAAAAA